UUCGAUAUUCCAGCUUUAGUUUCUUUCUUUAUCCAAUAACCUUAAAGCAGACACAUAGUCUGCAUGGUCUUCCUCCGAUUACACUCGUUGUGGGUCUUUUCUCGCCGCCGGCAGAAAUAAUGAAGGGUUUGAUAUGGGCUGCGGCAGAAGACAUGGCAAACAACCGUGGGCGUGUUCUGUCCUUGUAUCGGGAGAUACUGCGAAGCCUCAACUCUCCCAAAUUGGAUCUGAGUUUAGCAGCAAGGCUUUCGAAGAAGGCGGAGGCUCGUGCCAUUUUCAUGUUGGGGUCUGAAGAGCGAUCCAUUCACAACAUUGAAGACCUCAUUGACACUGCUGAGUACGCGCUUGCUCACUUGAAAGAGGGUAAAAUCCCCAAACAUAUUCAAUGAAUAACUUCUUAAUUCUUUUGUAUUCAUAAUGUACUGAUUGUCUUGUAUGAAAUAGUGAAUCUAAAUCUUUGUCAGCGCUAUAUCACUUGAAUUCUAGCUGCUCGAGUUUAUUCAAAACUUCUGGAUAAAAAAUUUCUGAAAAUUGAUUUUCAAUUCAAUUGGUCCAAACUGUUUUGUUUUGUUUUUAAAUGAAA